UCCUCCACUCUCUCUAUGCAGCAAAAGCAGAGAAACUCAGAAGCCUGUUUUGUCUCCUGAUAAUCAACAAUCAAACCCAGAUAGCUAUAGUUCAACUGAAGAUGCCUACAGUUUCGAAAAUGAUGGACAGCUAGAAACAAACUACCUAUCAGUUCCUUGAUCCUCUCCACAGCUGAAGCUCAUUCUGAAUGGAAACGUGUUCCCAAAACUUAUUAGACACAAACAUGAAAACACCUAACUCUGACUUUGAAACAGAAGCCUCCUUGGAAGAAGAAUCAGAAAUCUGUAGCCAAGUUGCUUCCGAUGUAUCAAACCUGGAAAACUCCCUAGAACACUCCAAGGAUACCACCAAUGCCUCUUCUUGCCAAACAGAUCUCAUAAAGCUUCAACCGGGUGCUACGCCCAUGUCCCUUGAUUUAACUCUUAGCUUCAACACCAGUGACAGUGAUAUGGGAGGCAGGAAGGAGUCGGUAGGGCUUUCAAUAUCGAGCACGAGUGAGAGUAGCAGUGAAGCUUCUGCACAUCCUCCAGCAGCUUCUGUAGCAAGAGUUUUCUCAUGCAAUUAUUGUCAGCGCAAGUUCUUCAGCUCACAGGCUCUAGGUGGUCACCAGAAUGCACAUAAAAGGGAGAGGACACUUGCGAAGCGAGCCAUGCGGAUGGGAAUCUUCUCCGAGAGGUAUGCCAGCUUGCCGGCUUUGCCCCUACAUGGGUCCGCAUGCCGGUCCCUUGGGAUCAAAGCUCACUCCUCAGUGCACAACAUUGCACCGUCAGAGCGAACCCCUGAGGUUAGAGGUGGUGGAAGAUUUGAACAAGGGUACCUUGGCCUGCUGGUGUUCACGGAGGAUGAUGAUGCAGAGUUAUUUUGGCCUGGAAGUUUUCGACAGGUGUCUGAGGGAGGUGCUGUUUAUCCAGGUUUUGAAUUGAGUGGAAAUACUACUUUAAAUUUUAUGGCAGAGACUCCACCGCCAGAAACAGACUCAUCAAAACCAGAUCUUACACUGAGACUUUGAGAGCUUCCUCCAUUUCUUUCUUUUGCACUGGCUUCCUUCUUUUUUGCAGUGAUAUUGUACAGUGGGAUAUGCAUAACCCAUGUCUGACAAUGUUUUACUUUGGAUCUGUUGUUGCUGCAUAAGGGCUUGAAGAGGAUUUUCAUUC